CCAAUCAGGGCUCGGUUGGCCGGAAACGGAAAAGACCGUGCGCCGUUGUUACGAUUGCGAGGUUUUCGCGGGGGACAAUGUGUUUCGUCUCCCCAACCACCACGAUUUAGUUUUUUUAAAGAGAGGAGGUUGUGGAGGAGGUGGAAAAUGCCCAUAUCUGACAUGGAGGCGGUGGCUUCUUAGGGCACGUCUUAUGAACUCGAAGCGCUAUUGGCGAAAGGGGUAGUAAGGGGGAGGUUGAUUGGUUAAGGAGCGCGUGCGUGGGCUGGUGAGGCUAGUAAGUGCGGGGGCUGAGAGGAGGUGAGACGGAGGUAAGAAGAGAAGGGGAUAUAAUAUAGUGGUUUUUCUUGCGCCAGUGACGGUUCCCGCGUGGAGGAAAAGGGUGCUGUUCUGAACUUAAGAGGUGAAAGAGCGACACUUUGUCUCGAUUCCUCAUUCAACUCUGUACCUUUCAAAGAGGAAAAUAAGAGCUGACAUCAUGGCUUCGAAUUCGGGAAUUGUCCCUGAUGAUGGUGAGAGCAGCAAGAAUCCUACACUGGAGAGAUGCCUCAAUGUGCUUAGAGAUGCAAGCAACGAUAGCGAGCAGUUUGCUGCUCUGCUUCUGGUGACCAAAGCAGCAAAAGCUGGAGAAAUCAAUUCCAAAACCCGCCGGAGGAUCUUUGACGCAGUUGGUUUCACAUUCCCAAACAGGCUUCUGACGUCUAAGGAUGCCCCUGAGGGUUGUACACAGCACACAAUCCAAGCUCUGGGCCUCACCCUGUUGGCCUGUUUCUGCACCGAUCCAGAUUUAGCUCGGCAUCCCCAGGUCCUUAACAAAAUCCCGGUUUUCAAUGAUGUGAUUUCAACUUGCAAGCCAGGAGAUGCUUCCUGUAAUGCCCUGAUUGAUGAUGCUUAUCAGUGCCUCAGGGCUAUCAUGGCUACUCCAAAGGGUCCCAGAGAGUUGGUGAACAGGGGCACUGUCCCAGCACUGUGCAGGGCUUAUGUGAAGCAUGGCUAUGGCUUUGAUCAGGCCUUUAAGCUGCUUGUGGGGCUUCUGAUCUCAGCCGAAGCAAAGUGCUGGCAGAGAGCCACUGCUGACCUCAUGGGGGUGCUGAAUGUACUUAGUCUAGAAUUCCAGAAGGCUGAAGACAUGACCAAAUUCCAGCUGUGUGAAGUGCUGCCCCGCUUCAUCCCUUCCCUUAUCUCGCCCAACGCCGAAUGCCUCCUGCCCCUCUACCGAGGCCUGGCUAGCAUCCUGACCAGUAAGCUGAGUACUUCCCAGCGGGACCCUGCCUUGAAGUUGGCAGCCUGCCUGUCACAAGCCUGUGGCUCAGAGUGGAUCCAAGGAGGGGGUACUGGCAGCAAGUUCUUUGCCUUGCUGUCCAACCUGGCAUGUGUCGAAGUCCGCCUGACUCUGGAGGAGCUGGAUCUGGCAGAGGUGGACAAGAAGCAGGAGCUGAUGGCUGCUUGCUACGUUCUGAUGGAGACGGCGAUUGUGGAGUGCACAAAAGAGAAAGGUUCUUUGCUGCUGGAGACGCAGAAAGUGCAGCUGGUGGGGAUCCUGGAGGAAGCCUUCGGGGCUGUCAUACACUACUUGAGACAGGUAGGGCGGAAGAAGCUGGACGACCCUUUCAUCUUUGCCUCUGUUCGAAUCCUUGGGGCCUGGCUGGCUGAAGAGACAUCUUCCCUCAAGCAAGAGAUCUGUGACCUUCUGCCUUUCCUCAUCUACUAUGCCAAGAUGCGGUUUGAGGAGGAGAAGAGAGUCAGAAGUAGUUUGCAGCAGGAGGCAGAGCAGGCUGGGCAAAGCAGCAUCCAGCCUCCUGUUUGGCAAGGAGAUGCAAUAAGAUUCCUCUUACCUGGCUUAAGCCACUUGACUGCAGAGGAUCGACCCCGUGGAAUCCUCAUUUCAGAGGGGGCGCCAGUACUCCUGUGCCAAUAUUUCUUGUACCGGUGGGAGAUAUUUAUUUCAAAUACAGAUACCCUGACUACAUCGACCACUGUGGAAACCAGCCUUCAGACGUGUUGUGAAAUCUUCCUUAAUUUGGUUGUGACUGCUCCAGAUUUAAUCAGCCGAGAAGAUUGCUUUGCGACCUUGAUGGACACAUUGCUGAAGUCCCUUCCUUCUCUGCUGCCACAGAGAGAACAUCUCAGCCUGACAGCCAAUGUGGCAACACUGGGACUCAUGAUGUCCAAGAGGCUGUUUGCUUACCCAGGUCUGCAGGGGACUGCGGAAUCUGAGGGCUUCUUUGAUGCUGCCAUCCGCUUCCUGGCAGAAGCCCACGUAGCCCAGACUGACCUCGAUGGGGAGAAGGUGACCAUGAGUGUUUCUCCAACCUAUAAGGCAGCCUGGCCAGCCAUCCGUGAGUUGUGGUUUCUGGGCAUGCAGGCUUUCGCUAGCUGCGUGCCCCUCUUCCUGUGGCUGCCGCAGGAUGUCCUGCGCUCCGGCUGGCUUCAGGAGCUGCUGGCCUUGCUGGGCCGCGUGGCGCCGUCGUCUGUAGACUUGGAAGUUGUCCGUGCUUUCCAAGGCAUCCUGGUGGAGCUGGCCCGAGCUAGCCAGCCGUGUUUGGAGAUGAUCCAACAGCACCGGGGUCUGGAAAUGGCCAGCCUGUAUGGCAUGGCUGCCUUGGAACAAUGUCUCUCUGAGCAGUGAGCAGUGCUCAGAACACGUUGUGGUCGGGUGGGGGGAAAUGUUUUCCCUGAAGCAGUUUUUUAUCAUCCUGUUUCAUGCAGAUGGAUGAUCUCUUAAUCAGUAGGGCAUGGGAUGUGUCGGGCACCUCUUCCCAGAAGGCUGCACAAAGUUUUAAAACAAAAUAUGAUGUCUCAUAAAGCAUGUGUCCUAGCUCUCUGUGAUAUCGUAGAGUAACAUGAAACAAUUGCACAAAUGUAUGCCAGUGCACGUUAGUGCUGUUCAGUUGACUCUAAUGCACUGUGGAAAAAGCUAGUUUUCCUCUAGAGGGGAGAGUAAACAAAUGCUAAAGGAACUUUGGUGGCAUUCUAGCGUGGAAGGGAAGGAAUGUUUUUAACUAUGUAUAGUGAUUGUUUCCAAGGUGUCCUUUUGCUACCUUAAUCAGGCUUCAGGAUAGACUUAAGUAAUGCCCUUAUGAAGGGCAUACUGGAUAGACUUCUGGCCAUCUAAUUAUUGAUUACCUCAGGACUGUGCCAUUGUUGGAGCUCUUUUCUUGAGGAUACUAUUUAUUUACCUAUUUAUUUAUUUAUUUAUUUGAAUAUUCAAUUUUUAAGGAUACAAAUUCUUCCUAGGCAGCUUACACGUAACAUUGAAGAUAAAAUCACAGUGAAACAGUAUUGAAUAACAUACAAGCCUUUGGGAUCCUUCCCACAUGGUAGCUGAUGUCUUUAUUUAAUAAAUUUGUACCUGCCUUUCUGGACAAAACAAAACAAAACACCAAGGUGGCUUACAAUUUUUUUAAAAAAGCAGGGACAGUUUGAAUGUGAUUUAAACCAUUGGGGAGGGAGGAAGUUCACUCUGGACUGGAGUGAUGACAUCCCCAGUUGGAGCAGGAUCCAAGGUCUCCUUUGCUUGCCUACCUGCUCCCACAUGGCUGUUGGCAUUGGAUGGCCCUGUGGGGGGAGAUGGGGCAGGCAAUGAGGGGGAGGGUGCAAGCUAUUUUGCUGUUAAAAAGAAUUGACUCCCUUUUGAAUCAACUGCAUUUCAAGGAAGAGGGAUUUCCAGGGCCAAAUAUAUAGUAUUGGGAUCUGUACUCUCCGGAGUGUUAAACGUUUGCUUGUUUUUCGCUUCUCUGUAUUACUCAGCAUGUAGGCUCUUGCAUGCAGCCAGUAAAUAUUAUGUUCAUGAGUUGGAGGCUGGAUUAGCCCCUGAAGCUGUGGCCUUGGCUUAAUAUCUUGGUGUUUACAGUUCAGUCAAUAAAAGUGCUUUGUCUUGUAAUAAAUGCCUGGUUCUUACUGAUGUGUGGGUCUUGUUCACCAAAUGGAUGUCUGCUUGAAGCAAGCGUCACCUUUCCCCUCAUUCACUCCUGUAAUCCCUAUGAAGCGGAAGGGAGAGGGAGGGAGAGCCCUACUGUGUCAAAUCAAAGGUUCCUCUAGUUCAGUAUUUGUCUCCAGCAGUGGCCAACCAGAUGUCCUAUGAAGAGUUCACAAGCAGGACAUGGAGGUCUCAACCCUUUGCAGUUCAUCCAUAGCAGCAAAUAUUCCAAGUCCCAGUGAUUCUGGACAUGGCUAGUAGCCGUUGAUGGGCUUCUCCCAAUACAUAUUAGCUACUGGAUCUUUAAAAAUUUUCUGUGGUGUGUCUUUGGGUCGGGUGACUGGGGAGCCUACACGGUUGGCUUGGACUACAACUUCCAUCGUCCCUAACCCUUUGGCCAUGCUUGGUGAUGGGAGUUGGAGUCCAGCCAGUCCAUGGAUGGCCACAAGCCCUGAUCCAGAUCCAUCCGAUCUGUCGGGUAGCAGCUCCCUACUGCGAACCUACAAAGAGAGGGCAGAGUGAUUAGAACUCACUCAGCACUUGAUGGAGAAAAGUAUGGCUAUCUGGCCGUUGUCUUCGUGCCAGUUGAGCAAUUUUAUGAAGCUGGUUGGUUCUUCAAGCACAAUUCAACUUUAUGGGAAGAAAAGUCCUUUUAAGAAGCAGGUACAGUCUUCUCAGUGUUCUGGUCACAGACUAUUUCUUUCUUGUUUAUGCACUGGUGGAAUGAAGUGGGACAAAGGGGCCAUUGACACUCUUAGGCUCCCCAGGAUGACGUGCAGUUUCUCAGCGGCAGAUGAAGGCGGCCAUCUCCCAUCCAAGCCUAUAAAACCUUUUAAAUAGCAUUGCUCUUGCUCCUAAUCACAGACCUGUGUGUACUUGUGAGUUCAGGAAGCACCGUGCUGCCUCUUUUCUGCCCCCCAAAUUGAGGGAAGUUCAUGCAAGGUCCUUUAUUUCCCAGUUAAAUAUUUCGCUUCAGUACCAGGAAGCACCUAUGGGGAUGCGAUGUGUUCAGAGCUCUGAGUAGGCAUUGCAAUGUGGGAGUUGUGUUUCAGCUGACGGGUUCAUGGGGUGUUAGGAGAGGGGUAGUACCUCUGGUGGAGGACACGUCAUGCUCCUGGGGUAGUUUGGCCACCUUUGGUCCUCGCCGUGCUCUUGGCUCUCACCUGUGGCUCCUAGCAGGUGUCCAAUGUGACAGCAUCCACAGCCUGGGAAUGGAUUUGACUGGUCGGCUAAAGCAGGUAAGGGUAGCCAAUGGGUCUCAAACCCAUGCUGAGUUAGGGACUUCCCCUGCAAACAAAGACAGGCACCGGCAGAUAGAGUGGACAAGACCCAAUAGUGAGUCCAACGGUCAAGGAGGCAGUUUCUUCAUGUGCUGUACAGGGAACUAAGGGGCAGAUCAGCCUGGGAAGGUAGCUCAUCUGGGAGAAGGAAUACACUCCAGGAGAAGAAGGCUAAGGCUAAGGAGUAAACCCUACACAAAUCUCGAGUGGGGUUCCCUAAGAUUGUUGAGUGGCACCUUGUCCGCCACCUCCUAGCAGUUGCUUCAGCCAAGCUGGUGCCAAGUGUAUUGCUCUGCUUUCCUUUAGACCACAUCAGCGAGGCUGAGGGGUGGUGGUCUUGUUAUCUGGGCAGCCCAGGACCUCAUACACACUUCCCAGGUUUGGUCACUUCAGCACUGCUAGGGCAGCGGUUUGACUACCCCUGGAGGCGCAUUCCAUUGUCUCUUGAGACAGAUGGAUUCCAACAACAAUGGUUCAGUUGACUUCUCUGCCUUUAUUUAAGCUCUUCCUCAAGCUGGUGGAUGUAGCAUCACAGUGCCAGGUGCUGCACUGGUACAACCUGGCAAAGAGCAUCCUUGUUCCAUGAUCUUUGCAUGGAGGAGAAGGGCCAUAGCUUAGGGAUUAAGCAUCUGCUUUGCAUUCAGAACGUCUCAGGUUUGAGAUCCGGCUUUAAAGGAUGGGUUCACCUUCGUCUGAGAUCUAGGAGAGCUGCUGCCUGUCAGAAUAGACAAUGCAGCUGGGUGGACCGGCGGAAUGGCUUUAUAAAGCAGCUUUUAUUUUGUUCAUAAGAAGGAUUCUACACGAAUAACCAGCUCAAAGUGUAUCUUUACUACAUACCUGUUCUCAUAUCACUUCCUGCUCAGGAGAACAGUGCUGCACACAGUCAUGCAUAUAAUAACCUUUUUAGGCUGCCUUCUUUUCUAGGCGUGCGGUGUAAUUUCAUUUAUGGGAAGGAACAAGCUCUGAAUCAGUUUAAUGUGUAAGGCGGUGUAUCGCCCUGGGGGCAGAACUGGAAAACAAUUCAAGAGAUGACAAAGGCUGCUAUUGCCCAGGCAAAGUCCCAGCCCUACAGGAAGCCUUGGCCAUCCUUUACAGGACAACAAUGGCAAGCUUGGGUGAUGGAGUCAUUCCACUACUUGGUAACCCUUUACUGUCCAGAAUGGGUGGGAAGCCUGGGGAAGUCCAAUGACAUUCAGAGGCGCACAAGUUCCCCAUCCCUGCUUUACAUUUUUGCUGUCUCAGGCUGUCUUCUUUUGCCCCCCACUAUCUCUCCAUAGGACAUCUCACUGCCACAAUGUCAGUCAAUGUUUGCGGCUAUAGACAUUUCUGGGACUAAAGGCAUUUCUCAUUGACAGUAUAAUUUCUCCGCAUCUUAUUUUCUUGUUCUCUUGGGCAAGUCACCCUAGAGCUGUUACCAGAGAUGAGUAUUUCACAUGAAGUAUUUUCACAUGAGUAGGACAGUACUUUAAUAAUGAGGAGGAAUGGGAAGAGCAGAGUGAGAGCAAGUAGGUUAAGGAAACUUAACAGGGAAAUCCUAACCAGGUCUGCUCAGAAGCAGGGAUAGAUGAAUCUGUCCGUCUGUGGUUCUCUCAUUUCUCCAGUCUUAAAUUCAGUUCUCCACAUUUCUGCGGCAAUCUGCCUUAAGAAAACAACAACGC